CGUUUCGUUAUACAAAAUGAAAAAGAGCUUUUAUUUUUGUUCUCCAAAAGUCUGGUUUUGUCGAUGAUAGUACUUAAUUGGUAUAUGAUACAGUUGCUCUAUCUGUAUUAUCAAGUUGCUUAGUGUAAAAUACUAAUUGUAAUUCAUCGUGUUGGGUCGCAAUGGUCGAAUUGACUAGUCGUCCAAUAGCUGAACAGUUGUUAUCAGAGCUGCGUGAUUAAUCGUUAAAAGAUCGCAAUCACAUUCCUAAAUGACAACGAUUUGGUCAUGUCUAUUAAACCUUGGACAAAAUCACAACGGACCAUUCAUAUCUGUGUUGGCGCUGCCGUUGAUCCAGAGAGGGCAGUUUGUCAUGUAUACCGGUUAUGCUGCCUAUAAACUCCUGCUUGAGUCUCAGUGAGAAAGAGAAAGGCUAAAGCCUCUGCAGAUCUAAGUGUUGUCCAGCGUCUCCUGUGCUGCUUCACCCCAGUCUCCUGACGUCGGCCAUGAGUGACCCCGUGACUUCAGAUGAACUCACCAAAGCUGUGGCGUCAGUCCUUCACAACCCCGAGUCGUCGACCUCUUCUGUCCGAGUGCCACUGAGGGAGGAAGAGGAGGAUGGUGACCUGAACAAAGCUUUAGGUGUUCAGCGCUUCCAGCAGAUUCUGAGCCCCACUCCCAGAGUUCCCGGCGAGCAGCACCGCACCUACAAUGAGAAAGAUUUUGAGUAUCACCGUCACUCCUCCCGUCACAUCCACCAUCCUCUGUCCAAACUCCCGGGAGAUGGCAGGAGGAAGAAGAGUGGGAGGAAGAGGAGGAGGAGCACGAGUAAAGAGCACAGAGCGUGUUCAAGCCCCAGCAAUGCUUUGGCCAUCGAGGAGGGUGAAGAUGAGGAUGAGGAGGAGGAAGAGGAAGAAUCUACAGAAGGCCAGAGCGCCACCCCAACUCCCACAACAGACACUGAGAGGAAAGACAAUGUUCAGUUCUUCGUUUCCGAUGAUGACCCUUAUGUGUCCACCCCUGAGACUUCAGAUCCUCUCCCUGCACGAGGAAUCCUGAUCGUCCCCUCGUCUGCGGUGUGUUCGCAGCCCCAGGACAGCACAUCCACUGAGACGCCUGAACCUGCUCCUCCGACCCCUAGCGCCACUGAGCCCAGCUCUCUGCCCCGUGUGUCGAGUCGCAGCUACGACCUUCAGGAGAGACGUCGCACGGGCAACAUGACGGGGACCGAGCAGGCCAAAUACCAGCGGAUCCCCACUGAUGAGUUUGAGGCUCGGACCCUGGCCUCGGCCGACCUGGAUGGCAUUAAAAGCCAUCGUUUUGAAGAUGUUCCUGGAGUGCGUCGACACCUGGUCAGGAAAAGCACGAAGGGUCAUGUGGUGCACAUCAGCAAAGACCACAAAGAACCCAGCACACGCACUCGCAAACUGGACCGAACGCCACAUGAGGUGUUUGUGGAGCUGAAUGAGUUGAUCAUCGAUAAAAACCAGGAGAUGCAGUGGAGAGAAACAGCCCGCUGGAUCAAGUUUGAAGAGGACGUGGAGGAGGAAACGGACCGCUGGGGGAAACCACACGUCGCCUCGCUGUCGUUCCGCAGUCUGCUGGAGCUGAGGAAAACCAUCUCUCAUGGAGCUGUGCUUUUGGACUUGGACCAGAAGACACUACCUGGUAUCUCCCAUCAGGUGGUGGAACAGAUGAUCAUCUCAGACCAGAUCAAAGCUGAGGACAGAGCCAAUGUCCUCCGCGCUCUCUUACUCAAGCACAGUCACCCGAGCGAUGAGAAAGAGCACAGCUCCCCGUUCCCCAGGAACAUCUCGGCUGCCAGCCUGGGCUCCCUGAUCACCCAUCACCAGAGCAGCAAUAACCACCUGUCCGUCCCCGAACCCUCCGUCACAGAGCCGCUCAUGGGCUCCUCAAGGGCCAGUCAAGACAGCAGUCUUCAUAUUGACAUAGAGAAGAACGAGAAAGAUUCAGCUCCACCUAUAGGCAUGCACAAAUCCAAAUCCAAACAUGAACUUAAGCUUCUGGAGAAAAUUCCUGAAAAUGCUGAAGCCACCGUCGUACUCGUUGGCAGUGUGGACUUCCUGGAGCAGCCCACCAUGGCGUUUGUCCGACUGCAGGAGGCUGUAGAGCUGGCCUCGGUGUUGGAAGUAUCCGUUCCUGUUCGGUUUCUCUUUGUGCUGCUUGGUCCUCCCAGCACCAACAUGGACUACCACCAGAUCGGACGUUCCAUUUCCACACUCAUGUCUGACAAACAAUUUCAUGAAGCUGCAUAUCUGGCAGACGAUCGGCAGGACCUGCUCAACGCCAUCAACGGCUUCCUGGACUGCAGCAUCGUGCUCCCUCCAUCAGAGCUGGGCGGAGAUGAGCUCCUGCGCUCCGUCGCUCACUUCCAAAGAGAGAUGCUCCGCAAGAGAGAGGAGCAGGGGGGCGCCAUGCUGUCCAAAGAGCCCAAGAGCCUCGAAGACAAAGAGGCCUUGUUGGCGCCCUUUAAACCAGAAGACGACCCUCUAAGACGCACAGGCCGUCUGUUUGGUGGACUGAUCCGUGACGCCCAGCGCCGUUACCCAAAGUACAUCAGUGACUUCAAGGAUGCGCUGAACCCCCAGUGCAUGGCUGCUGUCAUCUUUAUCUAUUUUGCUGCUCUUUCUCCUGCCAUCACGUUUGGAGGCCUUCUGGGUGAGAAGACUGAAGGGCUCAUUGGCGUGUCGGAGCUGAUAGUGGCCACAUGUAUUCAGGGUGUGUUGUUCUGUCUGCUCGGAGCUCAACCUCUUCUGGUGGUGGGCUUCUCUGGACCUAUCCUGGUGUUUGAAGAAGCCUUCUUCUCUUUCUGUAAGGGCAAUGAUAUGGAGUACCUGACGGGUCGCGUUUGGAUCGGUUUUUGGCUCAUCAUCAUCGUGGUGUUGGUGGUGGCAUUUGAAGGCAGCUUCCUGGUUCGAUUUGUCUCUCGUUUCACCCAGGAGAUCUUCUCAUUCCUCAUCUCUCUCAUCUUCAUCUACGAGACCUUCUCGAAACUGAUCAAGACAUUCCAGGAACAUCCUUUGAGACGCUGCUCUGCUAUGGCGGUUGAUGUGAACGAUUCGAUGUACAACUCGAGCACUUUAAGUCCAUUUAUGGCGAACAGCAGUACGCCGGAGACGCUGAAGGUGGUCGGUGAACCUAAUACUGCUCUGCUGUCCUUUGUGCUCAUGUCUGGGACCUUCUUCAUCGCCUUCUACCUGCGCAAGUUCAAAAACAGUGCCUUCUUCCCCGGCAGGUUGAGAAGAGUUAUUGGAGAUUUUGGAGUCCCUAUUGCCAUCCUCAUCAUGGUUCUGGUAGACUACAGCAUUCAAGACACGUACACACAGAAACUCAGUGUCCCGCGAGGUUUUUCAGUGACGAGUCCUGAUAAGCGUGCUUGGAUAGUCAAUCCUCUGGGCAGUGAUGGUCAGUUCCCCAUCUGGAUGAUGUUUGCCAGUAUCCUUCCCGCUCUGCUCGUCUUCAUCCUCAUCUUUAUGGAAACGCAAAUCACCACGUUGAUCGUCAGUAAGAAAGAGCGCAUGCUGGUCAAGGGUUCUGGUUUCCAUCUGGACCUGUUGAUCAUCGUGAUUCUGGGCGGCACCAGCGCUCUGUUCGGCCUGCCGUGGAUGGCCGCGGCCACCGUGCGCUCCGUAACCCACGCCAACGCCCUUACCGUGAUGAGCAAAGCCGUCGCCCCAGGAGACAAACCUCGAAUCCAGGAGAUCAAGGAGCAGAGGGUGACCGGGUUACUGGUGGCGAUACUUGUAGGUCUCUCAAUAGUAAUCGGUGACCUGCUCCGUCAAAUCCCGAUCGCUGUGCUGUUUGGCAUCUUCCUGUACAUGGGUGUGAUGUCGCUGAACGGCAUCCAGCUGACCGAACGGAUCAUGCUCCUGCUGAUGCCCCCAAAAUACCACCCCGACCACACUUACGUGCGCAAGGUGCGGACCCUGCGUAUGCAUCUGUACACAUUGAUACAGGUGGUGUGUCUCGCUGUCCUCUGGGCGGUCAUGUCCACCGUGGCGUCGCUGGCUUUCCCAUUCGUUCUCAUCUUGACCGUCCCUGUCAAGAUGUUUCUUCUGUCACGCAUCUUUAGCCCUCGGGAAAUGCAGUGUUUGGACGCUGAUGAUGCAGAGCCCACUUUUGUCGAGAAGGAGGGACACGACGAAUACACAGAGAUGCACAUGCCAGUCUGAGCCGCGACCACAGCUGUCCGUCUCUCACCUGUCUUCCUGUCAGUCAGGCUAUUGGCCAAUAGGACGGUAGCUUUUUAAACUUUGACAAACCAAAUCGCACAGUGAGUCUUGACAUGCUGUAGAGGAGAGAAUAUUAUGUGAAAUCUGGCAACAAUUUCACUUGUUUUAGACGGUUUGAGCUGCUAUGGCCUGUACCAAGCGUAUCUGUCGCCUAUGAGGAAACCGAAUGUAUCGUAUGGGGUUAACUGGACAUUCCCAGCACCAUUCAGGGCCCAUGCAAUAUUUUAUGUAGUUUUUUUGGUAUACAUGAUUAAGGAAGAUUGCCAAGGCCCAUUUCAUAUAAUAUAUAUGUCUGUGCUUUUAAUAGUUUUACUUUAUUUAUGACUCACCCAACACAAUCACAACCGACAGUAUUUUUUUUUCCAUUGUUGCUGUCCAUUCACACUUUUUCUAUUUCUAAACAGUCACCAACUCUAUAUGUGCAGUAUAUAUGGUGCAAAUGCGUUCAGAGCGAGUUAUCUUCAGUUUUGGUGAUCUUGAGCGGUUUGCAGAUUAGCUUUAGUAAAUCCCAGAUGCAUUCACUAGUGACCUAGUUUGGGGUCCUAAAACCCAUUUUGAGAAAAAGAACAGGAGCAUCCCUACAGAUGAUCCUAAAAUUGUAGCAUUCAGUUUAUAAUGGUUCGUUUGUAAGAGCUAAACAUGUUGACCUGAUAAGCCAUUUAUAGAUCUCGAGUCCCAUCGUUUCAACUGAACUGUCCAUAUUUGGCUAACAAUGCUUUGGGGAAAUGCACACCUGAUGAAUUGUAAUUUCUACCACAUUUAUAAAGUCUUUCCACAUAUAACGUUGAAUUAACACUAAAACAGAAGCCUGUUCUUUUCAACACCAGUUCUCAGCUGAUACACUUACUAAUUAUUUAUGCGUUUAACAGGGGAACCGUAUUAUUUAUGUCAGUUCAUGAGGGAUUUUGCCACAGAAUUCCUGAAUAAUAUCACUAGUUAUCACUAAUAUCCCACUGCACGUACACUCACUUUCACAAUAUUUUGUGCGCACAGGCCAUCAGGAAUGAAAUGAACAAAUUUAAUGAUUUGGUCCCGGUUAAAUAAUUCAGUUACGCACGUGUUAUGUUAUGUUUGUCCUUUCUUUAAUUCACCAUUGUGUUUUAAACAUGCUACAAAACAAGUGCUUUAGCUCAUUUGAGCGCUAUUUACAUUCCAGAAUCAGAUCUUUUAAUUAUAGGAACGCAUUAUGCAAGUUACGCAUUAGCUUAUGUAUGCGCUUAACUAAUGACUGAAAUGAAACUCUAAAUGAAAUUGUGUAGAGGUUAUUUUUAUCCGACUAGGAAUUGGGUAGCGUACAUGCGAUUGAUUUGAGAAUAUUUUUAUAAAAUGUUGUCUGUGUCAUGGUUUAGUGAAUCAGGACCUUCAUCACGUUGUACUUUGUCGAGAUUCCCUCUGCCCGUGUUCAGCGACUGGUUCCAGGUUUGCGUCUAGAUGCGUUGAACUCUGGGAAAUCGGACGGUUUGAGGUUCAGUGUGAAUGCAGGUUUUGUUCUGCUACUGGAUCUGUACUGUGUGGAUUCUCUGCAGCACUUGUUUGUCGAUGGUAUUUAUUAUGGAUGCUUUACGGGGUUCAUGAAGGUUAAUGCUGGAACAUUGUGGUCAUUUUAAAGUCUGGUGAUAUUUGUUACAAAAGUAUGGCAAAGGGAAGUGAGGGUCAUUUACCAUCUGUGGACAUCUUUUUUAAUGCAUCGUUUUUAUUUUGUUGAAUAUUUGAUUUUUAAAUGUUCCACUGUACAUAAUGCAAUAUUUACAGUCAAUUCCGAAUAUUGCAAAUAAAGUUGAUUUUUCUAUUUAAA